AUAGUGAUUAGUGACUAAAUACAAGAAAUGCGUAAUGCAGUCAAAAAACAAAAUAAAAAUGUUAUAAUAGAUAUUAGAGAAUUCUUCAAAUAGGUUUAUUUGACCAACUCGACAUGCCUUGUGAUUUGAUUUUUACCUAAUUGUACAUUUAAAAAAAUAUAAAAAGAUAAUUUGCCAAGAACAUUUGACCUCGGAUUUAAUGCCUAUAAUAUAUAGUAAUUAAAUAUAAUUAUUUACUCUUAUUUUAUAAGAAAUGCUGAAUUGAUGGCAGUAUACUAUGUUGAUAGUUCUUAAUGAUCAUAUUAUACUUAGCAAUAAUUUCAUUCUUAAAUUCAAUCCUUUAUGUUCUUUAUAAUAACUGUAAAAUGAGAUAUUGGAAAGUCUUUAAAAAUAUUUUUGUAAUGGGUUUUAUAGUAAGUGUUAUGUGGCUUAUGUUUUCAUGGAGCAGUAUGGAGUUUAUCAGAUAUGCAUCAAUGGAUCCUAGAAGUAUUCCAAUAACUGUUAAAAAUAAAUUAUGUCAUGUGAAUAACAAUGAUGAAAGAGUGUUUUUAAAUAAUAGUUCAGAUUUAAAGAUGAUAUACUAUGUAACACCAACUUACCCAAGACCAGAACAAGUGCCAGAGUUGACAAGACUUGCUCAUACCUUGAUGCAUGUACCAAAAAUUCAUUGGAUAGUAGCAGAUGAUCAAUCAUUAUGUUCAAAAGAUGUUGCUGAUAUUCUUAGACGUACUGGCCUGCCAUACACACACAUAUCUAGUCCUAAGCCAUACAUAUAUAAAGGAACAAACUUCCCUCGUGGAGUUGCAAAUCGACGAGCAGCACUCUCCUGGCUUCAAGAAAAUGCUGUUGAAGGAGUUCUUUACUUUGGAGAUGAUGAUAAUACUAUUGAUUUGCAAUUAUUUGAUGAAAUCAGACUUACUAAAAAAGUAUCCAUGUUUCCUGUAGGCCUGAUAGGAGAUUAUGGUGUUUCUUCACCCAUUGUCAAGGAUGGAAAGGUGGUGGGGUUUUUUGAUUCAUGGCCUGGUUCAAGAAUGUUUGCAGUAGAUAUGGCUGGGUUUGCUGUGAACAUUGAGUUUCUAAAGCCCUCUGCUAACAUGCCAUACAUUGCCGGCCAUGAAGAGGACAGAUUUUUGGUUAGUUUAGGCUUAAAAUUGGAAGACAUUGAACCUCUUGCUGCUAAUUGCUCGAAAGUACUUGUCUGGCAUACAAAGACAGUUAAAUAUAAAAAGCCAACAUUACGUGUUGAUAUUAAGAAGUUAGAGGAUGUUACUGCUUAUAAAUAUUUUGUUAAUCUUCUUAAAGAAACUAGUAGGCUAGGUAUGGCAAGCAUAAGUAAUAGCAAUGGCACUAAGCCGUACAUAACAAGAAAUAGGAAGUCCUAUGAAACUGUAGCUGAAUUACACUAAUUUACUGACUAAACUAUAGAUUGUUUAAUGUCUAUAUAAAAAAAAGUUCCUUGCUUUAUUAUAAUGUAGCUUAUUCUGAUAUUUAACUAUAAAUGUUUACGCUGUUUUGCCGUAUAUACUAUGUGAAGAAUAUUGUUUUAGAGUUAACCCGUUAUCUAAAAAUCCUCAUGUAGCUCUUGACUGUGCUCAGUUUUCGGCCACUUAAUAAGUGA